AUGCAGGCGCCAUGCGUGGCGCAGCUGCCGUCGCGCGGGCAGCCCGUGCACGCCUCGACGCGGGUAGCAGCAGCGCAGCUACACACCUGCGCCCUGGGCAGCCGUCACAUUCAACGCGCCACUGUCCAGCCGCGCCCGACUACUCUCCACUCUCUCUCGCGUGGACCGGACCUGAAAUGUCCGGCGCGCCCCGGACGAACACCCAGUCUGGGCAGCUGGAGUGAAGGUGGUGGUUCCUACGCGGAGGCGAGCGCACGCGGGUUCACACAGCGCACACGGCCGCAUCCGUCAAGGAGGCGCCCCUUGAGGCCGGCGGUCAGGCGGCGCGCGGCGCAGGGAGAGGGCGGGGGGCGUUCGACGGGCGAGGAGCCCGGCUGCGACCCGGACGGGCCCGUGCUGGCCGACCUGGACACGGACCCGGCGCCGCAAGAGGCCUCCGAGCUGUUCGGAGAGAAGCAGUUCAGCUUCGACCGCGGGGCCGCGGCGAGGUGGCUGUACGUGGCGUGGGUGGUGUGCUGCGGGGUGGAGCGGACGUGGCGGUUCGGACUCCCCCUCAUCCUCGCCCAGCUCCCAGGCGGGUUCGCGUCGGUGGCGACCCUGGGCUUCGUCGCGCAGCUGUCCAUGUUCCUCCUCGGCCCGCUGAUCGGCGUGGUGCUCGACUCGAUCGACCGCCGCGCCGGUCUGCUGAUUGUCCUCAUUGGACAGAACCUCAUGGUUGUGGUGUCGUGCAUGCUCGUGGCGUGGUGCCUCGGGCCCGGCGGCGGCGGCGUGAUCAGCCCGGCGGCCUUCGCCGUGAUGGCCAUCAUCGCGUGCGCGCAGCGCAUCCUUAACGCAGGGACGGAUGUGGCGAUCGAGCGGGACUGGACCGUUGUGCUGGCGAACAAGAACACGAAGUGGCUCGUGGACAUCAACGCGAACACGCGCCGCAUCGACCAGCUCGCGGAGAUCGCCGGGACCUUUUUGUUCGGCCUGGUGUUCACCAAGUACGGCUCCGUGGCGGCGCUGCUGACCAUGGCCGGCCUCGUCGCGCUGUCGUGCCCCGCGCAGCUCCUCGCGACCGCGAAAAUGAGCCGCAUCAUGGGCGAGGCGCUCUUCCGCCCCACCGACACCCCCGGCGCCGGCAUGCUCGGCCUCCGCCUGAUGGCCGAGAGCUCCGACUCCUCCCCGGGGACUCUCGCGCACCAGCGCCUCAUGGAGGUCGCGGGGCACUCCGUGCGCGCGGCCUUCUACAGCGUCCGCGCGAUCGUCAACGGGUGGCGGCUGUUCUUCGCCCAGCGGUCGCUGCUGCCGUCGCUGGCGUACAUCGCGCUCUUCUUCAACGCGGUGCUGUCGCCCGGCGGGCUGAUGACGGCGUACCAGGCGAGCAAGGGGCUCCCGGGGACGACGUCCGCGCUCUUCCGGGGCUCGUGCGCCGCGAUGGGCUUCGUGGGCGUCUGGCUCGCCGACGUCACCAUCAAGCGCCUCGGGCUGGUGCGCGCCGGGUUCGCGUCGCUCGGCGUGCAGGCGGCGGCGCUGCUGCCGUGCAUGUACAUCUACUUCGCGCGGCUCGCGCCGGUCGACGCAGCGCUGGGGGCCUCGGUGGCGUCGCAGGGGGCGCAAGCCAUCGCCGCAGCGGCGCCGCCGCCCGUGGAGGCCGCGACGGGCAUCGCGGCCGCGCUCGGGUUCCCGUCGAUGGAGCUCGCGGCGUUCUGCGGGCUCGUCGUGGUGUCGCGCGUCGGGCUGUGGAUGUAUGACAUGUGCGUGAGUCAGGUCUUCCAAACCAUGGUUCCGUCCAACAUCUGCGGACAGGUGUCGUCCGCGGAGGCCGCGCUGUGCAGCCUCACGGAGCUGCUGAUGCUCGGCAUCGCGUCGCUGCUGUCGGACCCGGCGAACUUCGGGCGGCUGGUGGUGCUGUCGGGGUCGGCGGUGGCGGUGUCGCUGGUGAUCUACGCGGCGUGGGGGCUGCAGCUGCGGAGCGGCGAGGGGCGCGCGGGGAACGUGAGCAUGGACGAGGAGCGUGCGCUGACGCUCCCGAACGCUGGGAAGGACUCGGGGGGGGUCGCGCCCGCAUGA